GUGCAUCUGAAACUAAAACCACAUCAAAGCUGACAUCAUUUCAUGAGCUCAUGAAGGAAGCCAUUUGCAGGCAACAACGACAGCUGAGUCUUUAUUUGCGCUCUCUUCCUUUCUGAGAAAUAUAAUUCGUGGCAGUGCAUUAAUGUUUUCUUCAAUAUAAUCAUCGCUUUUGCCUUUAUUUGCAAGGAUGGAACAAAAUUUUGCUGAUCUACUUAGCGGCGCAUUUUCAGAGUCAUCAGUUCCAUCGUUCCUUGAUGGUGCACUGGACUUUGAGAAUGUAAACUUUGACGAAAAGUUUGAUGAAGAUGAAGUUGUCAAUCAAGAAACUUCAGAGGAAGACGGAGAAGUGCGACAGGAAGCAACUAAACACAAUGUUGUUUUGGAAACAAGUGACAUGUCUGAAGAUGAAGAUGAAGAUGUUGAUGAAGAAGAAGAAGAAGAAGAAGAAGAAGAAGAAGAAGAUGAAGAUGAGGAUGAAGCUGAGGAUGAAGAUGAAGAUAUAGAUGACGAUGAAGAUGAAGAUGAUGAUGAUGAUGAUGAUGAUGAUGAGGAUGAUGAGGAUGAGGAUGAUGAGGAUGAAGAUGAGGAUGAAAUUCUUGAGCUGUGUUGUGUUAAAGGUGUUGAGGAAAAAGUCCAAAGUGUUCAGUUCAGUCGGAUGAAUGUGGAAGAAGUGUCCCAGGAGCAUUACACAAGCUCAGGUGAAGAGCUGGAGCAGAUAGAGUGUGUCUCUGGAGACGAUGAAGAGGUUGAAGAAGAGGACACAGGGACAGGAGGAAGACCAGGGGAUUUGCUGAUGUCGGUUCACUGCAGUGACGAGUUCAGAGCUGAGAAUAAAGAGGACAGGAGCUUUGUUGAGGGACGACCUCUGGCCCCAGAGAGUCCUGAAAAGCCUCAAGUUAGAAACCAGGAGCAAGGUGAGAGUGAGAGUGAAGAGGAGGCGUCCAAUUUUGGAAACGUCCCUGGAAUAAAAGACGAGGGGAUCGAGGAGGAGGAGGAGGAGGAGGAGGAGGAGGAGGAGGAGGAGGAGGAGGAAGAAGACAGAGUAGAACGGCAGGAAGACUCAUCAGAUUCAGAGUGUGAGGGCAUGAAAAUCGAAGCUGAACCGUUUCUCCAUCAUCCACCAGGACACAGGCCCACUAAAGCCAGUUUGGAGUUUCCAGAGAUAUCUGAGCAAAAUCUGCAGGAUCUGAUCGCUGAAGUUGACACUGAAGAAUAUGUUGAGAAAAUGAAGGACUUCUCAGGUGAGGAGCACCAGGAGGCGGGGGAGAGCUUUGCAGAUUACCCCUCAGACUUUUCCUCAUGCGAAUACGUAGAAGAAGGAAGAAAAAACCAAGAAGGUAUUCAUCGGGCACAUCUCGACCUCACAUCUGAAAACAGUUCGGAAGUGAAUCAUGCAUUAACAUGGAUGGGGAGUGAGGAAGAGGAAGAUGAGGGGUAUCUGUACAGCAGAGACUUAGAGAGGGAUGCAGAUACCCUGAUGAGCCUUGAUUCAUCAGCUAUAGAAAGAUGUAGGGAGGUUCAGGAUGAAGAACCAACAAAAGAGUGUGAUGAUGAAGAUGAGGGAAGUGAGAGUAACUCCUACAGCUCCAGUGAUGAUGAGGAGCGAGUUAGAAGGAGCGAUGAGGAAUUCUCAGGUGGUUUGUGUCUCCAGUUUCCUGAAAACAACAAGCAGAAGGAUGACAAUAAGCUCCAAAGCUGGACCACAGAGGCAUUUUCCAGCUGGAGCACCUCCGACGACUACAGACCAGACCCGGCACUGUUCACCAUCAACUGGGAAAUAGAUGUCUCAAGAACCAGCACCACGCUGUCUGAAAACCCAGAUGAACCCCAAACAGAUGGGACUCCUCUAGAGGGCGUCUCUACAAACAGUUACUCACAGAUACAGAGGGUUGAAGCCAAAACCGUCGGCUCCUCUUCUAACCAUGGAUCCCUGGAUGAUGGUUUCUUUUUCACUGAACCUGAAACUUUGGAGACCAGCGAGUUGGGACAACUGGGAGAUGACGAGUAUGAAGAGGAGAGGAACUGGGAGCAGGAAAAGGAGAGGAUCGACGCUUUCAACAAGUUUUACAACGACAGUGACAGUGAGAAUGGACGAGAAGAGAGGCAGAUCAAAGUUCAGUUCUGUACAGACCCACUGUUACAAGUGAUUCACUAUGACUCAGACAGUACUGACAGAGACUCACUCAGCAGUUCUUCAGAUGCUGAGGAGGAUCUGAGUUAUGCAGAACCAUCUGAGGGACAACAGGAUGUUGAAGAUCUCUCACAGAUGGUUCAAAGUGCCUAUGAGAGUCCAGAGACAAACACUGCAGAGUUCACAGAGAAGGAGCCAGAACUCAGCAAAGACACACACAUCUCCACCAGGAAAAACAAGUGUCUCCACAUACUGAAAAUUAUUCUGAAGAUGAGUCUGGUGGUUCUGAUGGGACUGCUGAUGUUCUGGUUCCUCACAGACCAAGUGGACCCAGUUUCCAUCUUUAAGGCCUAAAGGAAACAAACUGUAUAAUGCUGAUUAAAAAU